UGCGUAGGUCUGGCUCGAUUGACCGAUUUAAUCCGACUGGGAUCUCCCAAUCCACAAUACGCGAAAAGAAACACAGCAGCACAGGCAAACAGUUUUGUUGAAAUUCAGCCGAAUUUAUAAUUGAGCGCCCGCAUUAAUUAAUAAAAAUACAUUAAACAAAAAAGUCGACACAGACAGACAAGGAUCUUUGUUUGGAAUGUGUCCUAAAAAGUAAAUAAUGAAACCCGAAAUAUUACCAAUAGAAUGAUAAUACUUUGGUCCCUAAUCAUACAUCUUCAAUUGACGUGCCUGCAUUUGCUCCUGCAAACUCAGCGACUGGAGGCUCUCGAUGCCCUUGAAAUAAUCAAUUACCAGACCACCAAGUACACAAUCCCCGAUGUCUGGGAAGAUCAAUCCAUUGCUGAGGAUGAAGAUGUCCAGGAAACUGAGGAGGAGGAGAGUUAUCUGAAGUUCGGCGACGAUGGGGAGGCGAGGACCGCGGUUUCCAAAGGACUUCCCGAGGGUGCCUUCUGCCGCCGCAGCUUCGAUGGCCGGAGUGGCUACUGCAUCCUGGCCUAUCAGUGCCUCCACGUCAUCCGGGAAUAUCGAGUGCAUGGCACCCGCAUUGACAUCUGCACCCAUCGGAACAAUGUCCCGGUCAUCUGUUGUCCUUUGGCGGACAAACAUGUCCUGGCACAGCGAAUCAGUGCCACCAAAUGUCAGGAAUACAAUGCUGCCACUAGGAGACUACAGUUGGCAGACACCGGACGCACCUUCUCCGGAAAGCAGUGCGUGCCCAGCGUUCCCCUCAUAGUGGGUGGAACCCCCACGCGACAUGGACUAUUUCCCCACAUGGCCGCCUUGGGAUGGACGCAGGGCAGUGGCAGUGGCUCCAAGGACGUGGACAUUAAGUGGGGCUGUGGUGGCGCCCUGGUCAGCGAGCUGUAUGUCCUGACCGCCGCCCAUUGUGCCACCUCGGGUAGCAAGCCACCCGACAUGGUUCGCCUGGGAGCACGCCAGUUAAACGAGACCAGCUCUAGCCAGCAGGACAUCAAGAUCCUGAUCAUCGUCCUCCAUCCCAAGUACAGAUCAUCGGCCUAUUACCAUGAUAUUGCACUGCUGAAGUUGACCAGGAGGGCCCAGCUAUCGGAGCAAGUGCGUCCCGCCUGCCUGUGGCAGCUGCCUGAGCUCCAGAUCCCCACCGUUGUGGCCGCCGGCUGGGGUCGCACCGAGUUCCUGGGCGCCAAGUCGAAUGUGCUGCGUCAGGUGGACUUGGACGUGAUUCCCCAGAUGAACUGCAAGCAAAUCUACCGCAAGGAGCGCCGUCUGCCCCGGGGCAUCAUCGAGGGCCAGUUCUGUGCGGGAUAUCUGCCCGGCGGUAGGGACACCUGUCAGGGUGACUCCGGUGGCCCACUCCAUGCCGUCCUGCCGGAGUACAACUGCGUGGCCUUCGUGGUGGGCAUCACCUCGUUCGGCAAGUUCUGUGCCGCCCCCAAUGCACCUGGGGUCUAUACCAGGCUGUACAGCUACUUGGAUUGGAUCGAGAAGAUUGCCUUCAAGCAGCAUUGAUACCAUUUAUUACGAAUUUAACUUAUUAAAUAUACCUUCACCACAUAAAGAAUAUUUUAUUUAUUUUACGCGCAUUUUAAAUGAUAGAAACAACAUGUAAGAUAUGUGUCAAGAAUUUAAUACGUUUCUAUAAAAAAUAUAUAUAUUUUAUAUAUGUAUUAAUUUUUUAGGCGGCUUAUGGCCACACUUGUUGCUCUAUCCACUGAAUGUAAUGGACUAUUCUCACAUAAACCCCGGGCUCUCCAGUGGCACAGGCUCCUCCAAAGGAAGUUAAGCCCACCACAUAUGGAAUCCUAUGGUGCUGAUGCCGCAUUUGUUGGUGAAGCAACAGAGGUCCUCCAGAAUCUCCCUAAAGUCAAAGAUAAUACAGGUUAAUAACUAACAUUUCCAUUCGCAUUGUAAAUAUAUGGCAAUAUACUAUAUUAUGUAUAUUAAAACAACAAUUGAAGAAACAAUAAAAAAGUUGUUCAAUAAAUAUUA